UUCCAUGUCCCCACUGCUUCAGAGAUUGACCAUCAAACAUUGCACUGGUAUUGGCAAUCUCAAUAUCCAAGCUCCAAAGCUCAAAAGGCUACGUGUACAGCACAAUAGUGAGACACAAUCAAUAUGUUUUACGGACACCCAAAAUCUGAGUUACGUCGCUAUCAUAUUUGGUUUAACAAUGGGAAGUCCCAAGAGUGUUAAAACACCCAAUGUGGUUAGGUUUCUUGGUGACUUCCCUAGAAUUGCAGAGCUAAAUUUGGAUGGCUUUUUUAUUAAGGUGAGACAUUGGUUUUAUAAUUUUAUCUGGUUUAUUUAUUUCAAAACAUGUAGCUUGACAAUGUCCUUAUACAAUUUGUUGCCAUUUGCAUCAAAGAUUUUGGCUGCAGGUGGAGUUCCCCAUAGGCUUCCGACCACAGCUAACCUUUUGAAGGUACUUGCAUUACAUAAUUUUCAGUUUAAUGACUUGGAUCAUAUUUCAUGCGCGCUUUGUCUGAUUAGAAGCUGCCCCAACUUGACGAAACUUCAGAUUUGGACUUGCAUAAUAAUGGAGAGGAACGAUGAAGAACUGGUUCUAAAUCGUCUGGAAGCGCCAAACUGCAUGGAUCGAAUGCUGGACAAACUUCAAUCUGUGAAGAUAAGUUAUGUCAUGGGUUUGAAGCCUGAACUUCUUUUCAUCAAGCUUCUGUUAGCCCGCUCACCAAUUCUAGAAGCAAUAUUCAUUCAGCACAGUGUAGAAGUUGAUUUCGAAAAAGGGUUCGAUCUGUUUAAAGUUUUAUUUAUGUUUAGUGGAAGAGCAAGUCUUUUUCCUAUGGUAUGGUUAAAGAUCCUCAUUGCAAUGGCUUUGGAGGAAUGA